AUGCCUUACGAUAUUGCUACAAAUGCUUCGGUCCUGAUAUUACGUGCUGUCUCUAGACAGACAUUUGCUGAGAUCGCUGCUAGCCCUGGCAUAUCACAGUCUCAGGUUAACCAGAUUUACGCAAAGGCAAUUGAACGUGGGUUUCAAGAAAAUCAACGCCCAAUUCGUAUCAAAGAUGCUUAUGUUUCUGAUGCACCACGAUCCGAACAACCUAAAAAGGAAUCUACUAUGAAUCAAGAUGUUAUUAUAUCUAAGUGUGUUUGUGAUCGAAAUAUCGGCAACAAUAAGUCGGCGGAUCUUAAGAAAUCUUGGAUUUCGGAAGACGAAGCCAACUCGGAGGCCUGGAUCACCGAAGAUGAGAGCUGA